AGGAUUCCUUAACCAAAGUCUAAACUGUGUGGACUACAGUUCCCAUCAUUUGAAAGCGAUGACACGUGGCAUCAAGUUUGGAUAACCCGAUGGGGAAAAAAAAGAAAAGAGCUGUCCUGUUUGAAGCCUCCACAGUUAAGGUGGCUUUUUCCUGGUGGGUUGUACAAUUUUGAGACAACGGCUGAAAAUGCUAAGGGGGAGGGGGGCAUACUUAAAUCAUACUCUCUAAUGUUCACCUGUGUAAGAAAGUUCCUCCCCAAGGUCGAGGGAGCUCGUAUGAGAGUUAUUUUUUGUCCCUUGGCGAAAUCAAUUAAAUGGGAGACGCCCCUCUGUCUUGCUUGAAAUAGUACAGUCCGCUGUCUCCAUUUGGCGCAGCCGAGGCUCGGGCUGACUUUUUGAGGCAAACGGGGCGGAGGGUUUAUUAAGCCGUCUGCCUCGGGCUGGGGUUUGUUAGAGGCGAUCCCCCGAAACAGGUGGAUCAUGGCGGAAGUAUCGGCUGCUUCUACCUCGUAUUCGGGCCGCUGCUCGUCGUCUUCUGGCCCCGAGCGUCAGCCCCGUUACCAAUUCGGUCUUCAAGAGACGCCGGGUUUGACCGACGAGCCCUCUCACCCUCAGCGGGGGAAAACGGCCAUCAGGGUCCCCAAUGGCGCCUCGGCCUUCCCUCCGAAAGGGUUGGAAGAUUCAUAUUUUGGAGACAAGAGUUCUUAUGCAGAAAACAUUAGCACAGUAAAUAUGACAAGCCCUUCUUCCACCAAGGAUAUAAAGAUUUCUAGAGUACGGAAAACACCUCUCUCAUCCAACCGACCAGGAUGUAGAAACUGGACUCCUUUCAUGGGAUAUUCAGUUACAUCAUCUUCAGCAGUCUCCAUUCACAGUAUUGCAUCGGUUAUCGUGGCUGUAAUAGAAGGGAGAGGAUUUGCUAGAGGUGAAGUGGGAAUGGCAAGUAUUGACCUAAAAAAUCCAGAAGUAGUACUAUCCCAGUUUGCUGAUAAUACAACAUAUACCAAGGUUAUCACCAAACUCAGAAUUUUAACACCCUUAGAAAUAAUAAUGUCAAAUACUGCCUGUGAUUCAGGAAAUGCAACAAAACUGUACACUUUGAUAGCCGAAAAUUUCAAGAAUGUGACUUUUACCACAGUCCAGAGAAAAUAUUUUAAUGAAACCAAAGGUUUGGAAUACAUUGAACAAUUAUGUACACCAGAAUUCAGCACUGUUUUAAUGGAAGUUCAGUCCAAGUAUUACUGUCUCGCAGCUGUUGCUGCCUUGCUGAAAUACGUUGAAUUCAUUCAAAAUUCAGUUUAUGCGCCUAAGUCACUUAAGAUUCGUUUCCAUGGAAGUGAGCAAACAGCAAUGAUUGAUUCAACAUCAGCCCUAAAUCUUGAAUUAAUUACUAACAAUAGAGAUCCUAGGAAAGGCCAUACUCUAUUUGGCAUUCUAAAUUAUACUAAGACACCAGGGGGAAGUCGAAGACUUCGGUCUAAUAUUCUGGAACCACUGAUUGAUGCUGAUAGUAUCAACACAAGAUUGGAUUCUGUUCAAGAGCUCCUUCAGGAUGAGGAAUGCUUUUUUGGUCUUCAGGCAGUUAUAGGAAGAUUUUUGGACACUGAACAAUUACUUUCAGUUUUAGUACAAAUUCCAAAGCAGGAUACGGUUAAUGCGUCUGAAUCAAAGAUAACCAAUUUAAUUUAUCUGAAGCAUACUUUGGAACUUGUGGAGCCUUUGAAGGAAGCCUUAAAAAGCUAUAAGACGCCAUUGUUAAAAGCUUAUUAUAGCUCUUUGGAAGAUAGCAGGUUUGGGAUCAUUCUUGAAAAGAUUAAAACUGUUAUUAAUGAUGAUACAAGAUACACAAAAGGAUGUUUGAAUAUGAGAACUCAAAAGUGCUAUGCGGUGAAACCUAAUAUUAAUGAAUUUCUUGAUAUAGCACGAAGAACCUACACUGAAAUUGUGGAUGAUAUAGCUGGAAUGAUAACACAACUUGCAGAAAAACACAACCUUCCUUUGAAAACAAGCUUUAGUUCAGCUCGAGGAUUUUUUAUCCAGAUGAGUGCUGAUUGUGCAGCAGUACACAGUGGUCAACUUCCUUCAGAAUUUACCAAGAUUACUAAAAUGAAAAAUGUAUAUAGUUUUACUUCACCCGAUUUAAUGAAAAUGAAUGAAAGAUGCCAGGAAUCCUUGAGAGAAAUCUAUCACAUGACUUACUUGAUAGUGUGUAAACUAUUGAGUGAAAUCUAUGAGCAUAUCCAUUGCUUAUACAAACUCUCUGACACUGUCUCUAUGCUAGAUAUGUUGCAGUCAUUUGCCCAUGCUUGCACACUGUCUGAUUAUGUACGUCCUGAGUUUACAGAUACUUUAGCAAUAAAGCAAGGAUGGCAUCCAGUUCUUGAAAAAGUACAUUUUGAGAAACCUGUCCCCAAUGAUACCUAUAUCACAGAAGGAAGUAAUUUUAUAAUAAUUACAGGACCAAAUAUGAGUGGAAAAUCAACCUACCUAAAACAGAUAGCCCUUUCUCAGAUUAUGGCACAAAUGGGUUCUUUUGUUCCAGCAGAAUAUUCUUCUUUUAGGAUUGCUGAACAAAUAUUUACCAGAAUAGGUAUGGAUGAUGAUAUAGAAACAAAUUCAUCAACAUUCAUGAAAGAAAUGAAAGAGGUAACAUACAUCAUACAAAAUGCUAAUGACAGAUCACUUAUCAUAAUUGAUGAGCUUGGCAGAGGUACCAGUCCUGAGGAAGGCAUUGGCAUAUGUUACGCAGUCUGUGAAUAUCUUCUAAAUUUAAAAGCAUUCACACUCUUUGCUACUCAUUUCCUGGAAUUAUGUCAGAUUGAUAACUUAUAUCCCAAUGUGGAAAACAAUUACUUUGAAGUGCAGCAUGUAAGAAGCAGUUGUGAAAUUAGGGAGAAAAUUGCUUAUACUUACAUUCUUUCUAAAGGAUGCACAGAGGAAAAAAAUUAUGGCUUGAAAGCUGCAGAGGUUUCCUCUCUUCCGUUAUCAAUAAUAUUGGAUGCCAAGAAGCUAGUAACUCUUAUUGAUAAACAAAUGAUGCAGCAGCAAAGAACAGAUCCUGAAAUAUUAAAGGAGAAGGCUAUGUAUCACUUAGCAAAUAGAUUGAUUCAGACUGCUCGCAACUCUCAACUGGAUCCAGACAGCUUGCGAAUAUACUUGAAAGGUUUGAAGAAAAAGUACGAAACUGAUUGCAUUGCCUCUGAACAAGUAGCUGCAGAUGUUAGAUGACCAUAAAUCAUGUACACACCAUUCUGCAGAAUUAACUAAUCCAAAUACAGUUAGAACUAAAAAUAUAUCUACAUGACCAUUAUUUUUUAUAAGUAACUAUAUAUCUGGAGAAUUCUUUUCUAAUAUAUAGUUGUUAUAUUUUAAUUGCACAGUAAAUGCAUUCUUAAUUAAAUGGAAAAUAUUAACAAGAACAUAUAAUGAAAUUAUUACUUUAAAUAACGUCACAAAAAUUAAGAUUAACUGAAAGCUUUUAUCUACAAAAGAUCUCAUCACAUUUUUAAAAAAAAACUGUAUUGAUCCAUUAAUACCAUUUAUAAAAAAUGCAGUAUUAGACAAACAAAAGAACUGUUUUUUGUCCAAAUGUAGGCUGAAAGAGAAAGAGAACAAAACAACAAUUUGCUAAUCACUUUAUUUGAGACUUAGAGAUAUCUGUUCAUUUUAGGCAAUCUAGAUGUGAUCACUUAAUGAAUAUUUCUGUUGGCUUUUUUAAUGAUUUUUUUUUACUUUCUUGUAUUAAUGUUAA